CAAAACUCUGUCAAUGUCUUGCUGCUUUUUAUAGGUUUCUCUCUUUCAACGAUGACUUCAACACAACAACACAAUCAGCAGUCCAUCCCCAAGAAUCUGAAGAGGCGAGUCAAAAUGAUGCCUGCAAUUCACUUCUAUCAGGAUGCAGUGGAUAAGGCACUACAGAGUGAGAAUGGCCACCUGGAUCUUUUCCUCCGCUUCCUUCUUGGCCUCUCGCUGCCAUCAAAUCAGACUAUCUUUCGAGACCUACUGAAAUGGACAGGAGGUCGCUCAAAGAUUGACACGGAAACAGUUGAGGUCAACAAGAAAACAAUUGAUUACAUCAAGGAGAAGAUCCGAAAGAAUGCCUCUUCAGAGAAGUGCAUCAAUCUGUUUCACUGUCUAAAUGAGAUGAAUGACCCAACCCUAGUGCAGGAGAUUCAGAGCUACCUGAGCUCAGGAACUGUCUCAGGAGCCAAACUCUCACCUGCACAUUGGUCAGCUCUGGCCUUUGUGUUGCUGACUUCAGCAGAGGAGCUGGGUGUAUUUGACUUGAAGCAAUUUAGUGGAUCAACUACUUUACUCCAAGCUAAACCAAGUUCACUUUAAACAAUAAUUUGACAGAUUUCACCUGGGGAUAACUGAAUAUGCUUAACUGAAUAUUUUCUUAACCAAUAUUUUAUAAUAAUCAUGACAUUGGUGACACCUUUCACCAUUUGAAUAUAAGUUCAUAUGUACUGUAUGUAUUGACGUAAACACAAUGUUAUGUUUUAUAAUGAUAAUGUUUGAACAGUUCAUUUUAAAAGGACUCCCUUUGUAAUGGAGCACAUGUCAAUGACACUGAAACAAAUGACUGGUUGGUGAAAUACUCUUUUAUUGUAUCUCUUCAAGGUAUAGCCAAGAAUCCCGAUUAGCGUGUUCCGUUUGACAACAAUACUUUGACGUAAGGCGCAAAAGUCGAGUGUUAGUUGUGCAAGCCAGUUCCUAAAAACACUUGUUAACCAUGUUUUUACCAUGUAUAAAGCUGCUCAUUUUAAACGUACAUGCUCUAGCAAUGUGAAAUAUAUUAUCAGAAUAAUGAUUGAAGUGUUGGUAGAGUAUAAUCAUAUUUUAACCUACCUUGAGUGUUUGUCUGAAGUGAAUAUGUAUUGUGUGACUUAAAUGAUGCAUUUAUGGUAGGAAUGUGUUUUGGGGCUAUCAUGAUGGAACAUUCCUAGUUGAAGGGAGUUCCUGGAAAGAGUACUUAGGUGCUCAGUUGUCUUUUGCCUGGGGGGAGAGCAGGCUGGACAGGUAACAGGUUGGCUAGAGUAGAGUUAGACCUGGGAGAGAGCAGGCUGGACAGGUAACAGGUUGGCGAGAGUAGAGUUAGACCUGGGGGAGUGCAGGCUGGACAGGUAAUAGGUUGGCGAGAGUAGAGUUAGACCUGGGGGAGUGCAGGCUGGACAGGUAACAGGUUGGCUAGAGUUACACCUGGGAGAGAGCAGGCUGGACAGGUAACAGGUUGGCUAGAGUUACACCUGGGAGAGAGCAGGCUGGACAGGUAACAGGUUGGCUAGAGUUACACCUGGGAGAGAGCAGGCUGGACAGGUAACAGGUUGGCUAGAGUUACACCUGGGAGAGAGCAGGCUGGACAGGUAACAGGUUGGCUAGAGUAGAGUUAGACCUGGGGGAGUGCAGGCUGGACAGGUAAUAGGUUGGCGAGAGUAGAGUUAGACCUGGGGGAGUGCAGGCUGGACAGGUAACAGGUUCGCUAGAGUUACACCUGGGAGAGAGCAGGCUGGACAGGUAACAGGUUGGCUAGAGUAGAGUUAGACCUGGGAGAGAGCAGGCUGGACAGGUAAUAGGUUGGCGAGAGUAGAGUUAGACCUGGGGGAGUGCAGGCUGGACAGGUAACAGGUUGGCGAGAGUAGAGUUACACCUGGGAGAGAGCAGGCUGGACAGAUAACAGGUUGGCUAGAGUAGAGUUAGACCUGGGAGAGAGCAGGCUGGACAGGUAACAGGUUGGCUAGAGUAGAGUUAGACCUGGGGGAAAGCAGCCUGGACAGGUAACAGGUUGGCUAGAGUAGAGUUAGACCUGGGAGAGAGCAGGCUGGACAGGUAACAGGUUGGCGAGAGUAGAGUUAGACCUGGGGGAGUGCAGGCUGGACAGGUAAUAGGUUGGCGAGAGUAGAGUUAGACCUGGGGGAGUGCAGGCUGGACAGGUAACAGGUUGGCUAGAGUUAGACCUGGGAGAGAGCAGGCUGGACAGGUAACAGGUUGGCUAGAGUAGAGUUAGACCUGGGGGAAAGCAGCCUGGACAGGUAACAGGUUGGCUAGAGUAGAGUUAGACCUGGGAGAGAGCAGCCUGGACAGGUAACAGGUUGGCUAGAGUAGAGUUAGACCUGGGAGAGAGCAGCCUGGACAGGUAACAGGUUGGCUAGAGUUACACCUGGGAGAGAGCAGGCUGGACAGGUAACAGGUUGGCUAGAGUAGAGUUAGACCUGGGAGAGAGCAGGCUGGACAGGUAAUAGGUUGGCGAGAGUAGAGUUACACCUGGGAGAGAGCAGCCUGGACAGGUAACAGGUUGGCUAGAGUAGAGUUACACCUGGGAGAGAGCAGCCUGGACAGGUAACAGGUUGGCUAGAGUAGAGUUACUAGAGUUAUUAGAGUUGUUGCCAGAAUAGUUUCUACUGAGAAUACAGUAGUCUACUGUUUUCAUAUUUUUGUUUUUUAAAACUUUUCUCUUAUUCUGCAGUCUAUCAUGGUGUGUUGUCAAAGAAGGCGGCUUUGGUUUUCUGGCUUGAGCUCUGAUGUCAAACCCCUCACAUCUGAGAGAGCUGGACUUGAGCAAAAACACCUUAGGAGACUCUGCAGUGAUGAUGCUCUCUGCUGUACUGAAGGAUCCACAUUGUAAAUUGGAGAGAGUUAGACUGUCACACUGUAGUGUCACACAGGAAGGCUGUACUUUUCUGGCUUCAGCUCUGAGGUCAAACCCCUCACACCUGAGAGAGCUGGAUCUAGACUGGAAUUCAGAAGUAAAAUUAGGAGUGAAGGAGCUCUCUGUGGUGCUGGAUGAUCCACUCUGUCGGUUGGAAACACUGAGGCUGGUAGCUUGUAGUGUCACAGAGGAAGGCUUGUGUUCUCUGGCUUCAGCUCUGAGGUCAAACCCCUCACACCUGAGAGAGCUGGACCUGAGCUACAAUUAUGAAAUGGCUUCAUCAGGAGUGAGGCAGCUCUCUGCUGUACUGGAAGAUCCACUCUGUAAAUUGGAGAUACUGAGACUCCGUCUCCAUCACUCUGGUUAUCAAGGGGAAGGCUUUUCUAAUCUGGCCUCGGCGCUGAGGUCAAACCCCUCACAUCUGAGAGAGCUGAAUGUGGCUGGUUACUCACAAGACUCUAGACUGAAGCUGUUCUCUGCUGCACUGAAGGAUCCACGCUGUAAACUGGAGAAACUGAUCUGUAGUGCCCCAGAGCAAGACUUCACUUCUCUGGGUUCAGCUCUUAGAUCAAACCCUUCACACCUGAGAGAACUGGACCUGCAAUUCUCAGAAGACUCAAAUUUGAAGUCUCUCUUCUCUGUACUAAAUAAUCCACUCUUUAAACUGGAGAAACUAAGGCUAUCAGGAUGUGACGUUGAAGAGAAAGGCUGUGCUUUGUUCUCAGCUCUGAGGUCAAUCCCCGUUUCCCACCUGAGAGAGCUGGACCUCAGCAACAAUAAACCAGGAGACUCUGGAGUGAUGCAGCUCUCUGCUCUACUGAAUGAUCGACGAUGUAAACUGGCAACACUGAAACUGUCACACUGUGGUCUUACAGAGGAAGGAUCUACAUCUUUGGCUUCAGCUCUGAGGUCAAACCCCUCCUACCUGAGAGAGCUGGACCUCAGCCAGAAUACACCAAUAGACUCAGGAGUGAAGCUGCUCUCUGCUGUACUAGAGGAUCCACGCUGCAAACUGGAGAAAUUAAGCUUGUUUAACUGUCGAAUUAAGGAGGAAGGUUGUGUUGCUUUGGCUUCAGCUCUGAGGUCAAACCCCUCACACCUGAGAGAGCUGGACCUCAGCUGCAAUAACCUAGGAGUCUCAGGAGUGAAGCUGCUCUCUGCUGUACUGAAGCAUCCACUCUGUCAGCUGGAGAUACUGAAGCUUUUGGACUGUGCAAUCACAGAGGAAGGCUUUGCUUCUCUGGCUUCAGCUGUGAAGUCAACCCCCUCACGCAUGUGGCUGCUGGAGCUGAAUGGGAACGAUCCAGGAGACUCAGGAGUGAAAUUGUUCUCAGCUGUACUGAAGGAUCCAAAAUGUAGACUUCCCAAACUGAUUGACUGGCUUGGAUGUUCGACCCAGGAGCCUCAGCAGUGAUCAAAUGAACCUUCUGGAAUCGACAUGACUGAAAUUCCCCUUGAGUUCAAAUAUACAUUUCUGAUGUAUUGUAAAACGUGUGAAAUGUUUAUUAUACUUGUGCAGAUACUUUGUUAAAAUGUAGAUCUAUUAGGCCUACUUAUG